AUGGAGGAUGCUAGCACGGCCAGUUCUCCGCCCCCUCCGCAGGACCGAGAUGACGAUCUCUCCGCCGCCUCGACCGCGCUGAAAUCAGAAGACACCGAUGACAACCAGCUUUCCCUGCCCGCACAUUCCAUCAUCCGACUCAUCCAGUGCCCGCGCUGCUCCCUACCACUACGAACGCCGCUGCGACUUCCGUGCGGAAACACCAUCUGCAAGUCGUGUCUCCCGCCGAUCCGUCAACGGACGGGAAUCACAUACCCGGCGAAUGUAGAGCGUAAACAGGGGUUUACAUGCUACUGGCAGAAAGAAGACACGUGUUCUGGAGAGCAUUGUCUCGGGGACUGUGGGACGGAUGUCUUGUUGAGCAGACUGGUGGAUGUGUUCGACGAGGUUUUGGCAAACCGCGGGGCUGGACCAGAUACUGUUGAACCAGACGCGGGGUUGUCUUUGACGUGGGAAAGCUCGCGGAUACCAACCCCUCAGAGUGCUAUAAUCGGCCCUGACUUGUUGGGAGGGGUCUACCAUCUGGUGAAGCAGGGUCGGUUUGACUACGAUGCGUCGGAGGUGGAAUAUACGCCCGAGGACCGUAUACAGCAAUGGGAUGGACAAUCAUUUGGGAGGCUGAGAGAGGCCGUGCAGAAUGAGCUGGACUGCCAGGUCUGUUACUCGCUAAUCCUGGAUCCGUUGACGACCUGCUGUGGUCAUACGUUCUGUCGUGGGUGCGUCGCGAUGGUCAUGGACCAUAGCGAUUUAUGUCCUCUUUGCCGGCGCAAGCUGAAUAUGUCUUCAACCGUGCGGUCCGAACCGAUCAAUAACAGGAUUUCGAAUCUUGUGGAGGCAUUACUCCCUGCACAGGCUUUGUCGCGUCGGCAAGGAUAUACCGAGGAUGCGACUACGGCGGAUGAAGAGCGGGCAAUUCCUUUAUUCGUGAGCUCGCUUUCGUUCCCGACCAUGCCGACUUUCUUGCAUAUAUUUGAACCGCGGUACCGGACUAUGAUUCAACGAGUGAUGCAAAGCAGGGACAAGAAGUUCGGCAUGGUCAUGUAUAAUCGCUCUGGUCGGUUGCAGCAGGGCCUGGGCAGGGCUCAGUUUAUGCAGUAUGGUACGGUGCUGCUGGUGGAACGGUUCGAGUUACUCCCCGACGGAAGGAGUCUGGUGAUCGCUUCUGGCGUCUCGCGCUUCAAAGUCAUCAGCUUCGAGAUGUUGGAUGGCUAUCAUGUUGGUAAGAUACAGCGAGUGAACGAUGUCCCGAUAUCUGAGGAGGAGAGGCAAGAAUCAUUGGAGACGUCAACAACCGGUGAUUCGCCAUCCACAACAAGCGUUGAUCUUGCCAGUACAUCGCCAGAGUGUCUGUCAACGCAGCAACUGUUCCAGGUGGCGUUGGAUUUUGUCGAGAAAAAUCGCCGCGAGGGAGCAACAUGGCUCCAUUCACGUGUCCUGCUAGCAUACGGCGAAGUUCCUACAGAUCCCGCUCUAUUUCCCUGGUGGUUCGCCAGCGUUCUGCCUCUCUGGGAAGAUGAGAAGUACCAUAUUUUAUCAACGACCAGUGUUCGGGAAAGGCUAAAGAUGAUUGUGCGGUGGGUGAGGAAGUCGGAGUCUCGCGAGUGGUUGGCUCGCCCCCGGCCAUCAAUCACCUCGGUCUUAUGA